GAAAACCUCGCUCUCCCGGGCAUCCUCCACCGCCGCCCGUUUAAGUUAAAUGGUACACGGUAUCCCGCCGCUCUCCACACGACCAUGACGAAGAAACAGACGUAUCCCUUCUGGUCGCUAGGGGUCGCGGGCUCCAUGGCAGCGUCAUGUACGCACCCGCUGGAUCUCACCAAAGUGAGGAUGCAGACCAUCCCAUCGGUCCCUGGCCAGAAGCGACCUUCGACUGGCUCUGUUCUCCGCAUGACGGUUGCCGAACAAGGAUUCCGAAGCCUCUACACGGGGCUCACGGCUUCCUUGCUUCGGCAGAUGUCGUACUCCCUCGUCCGGUUGGGCAGCUACGAGGAGAUGAAGUCGCGCUUGUCCAACGACGGUCCGCCGUCCUCGGGAAAGCUGCUGCUGGCAGCGAUGGCGGCGGGUGGACUCGGCGGUGUGGCAGGGAACCCGGCAGAUAUUCUGCUGGUGCGGAUGACCAGCGACUCUAUUCGACCACCAGAGAAGCGGUACAACUACUCAAAUGCUCUCACCGGUCUUGUGCAACUUGUUCGGAGUGAAGGCGUUAGGGGGCUGUUCAGAGGACUCGGGACUAACACGGUCCGAGCGGUACUGAUGAACGGUUCGCAAGUGUGGUCAUAUGAUUUCUUCAAGUCAUGGUUCCUACGACAUCAGCUACCCGUCGUGAACUACCAAUUCCGGGACAACCUGGGCCUGCACAUGGUCGCUAGUACACUUGCCGGCACCGUGGCUACCACUGUCUGCUCGCCUGCUGAUGUGAUGAGGUCACGACUAAUGUCGGCGGUGUGUGUCUCCUUUCCAAUUGCCGUCCGUUGCGUUGACAGCCUGCAGUCGGGCAAAUCCAACCCGAUUGAAGUCCUGAAGACAUCAUUGCGUGACGAGGGUCCAAGGUUCCUCUUCAAGGGUUGGACACCUGCCUUCAUCCGUCUGGGGCCCAACACGAUCUUCAUGUUCGUCUUCUUAGAGCAACUGAAGAAUGGCUGGCGGAACCUAUUUCCCGCUGAAUGAUAUAUCUAGACUAUGAUACGUUCUCGCGCUUUCGUCCGCGUUGUCUUCACCAGUAGCAUCAUAGAGACUGGCAUGGAUCAUGCUUGGAACACAUAUAUCCUUGCACUAUGUAUCUUAUUUAUUUCAGCUACUAGCACGUAUAUUUUUGUUCAACCAUC